AUGGGCAAAUUAACGAGUACUAUUGGUAUUCCCAUCAAGCUCCUCAACGAGGCGCAAGGCCACGUCGUUACGCUAGAAAUUUUGUCCGGGCAAGUCUACCGAGGAAAGCUACUUGAAGCCGAAGACAACAUGAACGUCCAACUUAAAGACAUUACUGUCACGGCUCGCGAUGGCCGUGUUUCGCAUCUUGACCAGGUCUACAUUCGGGGAAGCCAUGUGAGAUUCUUCAUUGUACCAGAUAUGCUGAGAAAUGCGCCAAUGUUCCGGUCAAGAGGUCAACGCGGUAGAGGUGUUGGGCUAGCCAGAGGCAGAGCAACUGUGAAUAGGGCUCGGGGUCAACGGAGGGGUUAA